AUGGAUGCCGCUAUAUUAUUAGAUAGUCAGCGUGAGAUCCAAGUUCGAAUCUCACGCUCGGUCGAAUACCUGAAGAAGAUGGGCGCUCCUAACAUCACAUCCAGUGCCGUAACUACCCGCAUCAGACUUCUUGAUCAAGCCUGGGAUAAGUUCGUCAUCCAGCACGAUCAGCUGCGUAUUGCCUUGAAAGAUAAGUUCAGAGAAAGUGAUUACGUUACUUCAGGACUCCAUGAUUUGACUGAAAAUACGUACGUACAGCAAAGGAGCAUCCUGGACGGCUACGCUGAACGCAUUCGGUCAGCCUCGGAAACCGUCAAGCUAAACGAAGCCGCUCCUCGAACCGCAUUACCUCGAGUCAGGAUUCCGCAGUUUUCGGGAGCUUACUCCGAGUGGCCAACCUUCCGAGAUCUCUUCCUGUCUGUCGUCGGUGAUAACGCCACCAUCUCUAACAUCGAACGCCUGCAUCAUCUUCGGUCGAGUUUGAACGGACAGGCUGAAAAAUUGAUAAGUUCAUUACCGGUGACAGGAGACAACUACGAACGUGCAUGGACGAUACUGUGCAAACACUACGAAAAUGAGAGAGAACUCAUCCGAUGCAACUUCGCCGCAUUCACCGCCGUGCCGAGAAUGAAGAACGGAACUGCUGACGAACUGCAUCGCAUCCACAACGCUGCCGUCACAGUCGUCAACGCACAGGAGAGUAUAGGUCGUCCCAUUGAAUCUCACGGAAUGGACCUCCUAAACUAUCUUAUCGUCGAGCAAUUCGACGCACACACUCGAAUGGAAUGGGAAAAUUCCAUAUCCGACUCCAACAAGUCACCAUCGCACGAAACACUUUUGGAGUUCAUGACGCGACGGAUGUUCACACUUAACGCCGUGCAUCCGAAGACUCUCAAGAAGAACUUCGGAGAGUCUUCACGAACGGCGAAGACACAUGUUGCGAAGCACGGAACUGACCUUCCACAAUGCGCACUGUGCCAUGAGAAGCACCAUCUGAUGACGUGUCGCGAAUUUAAGACGAAAUCCGCGGCAGAUCGAAAGGCCUUCGUUGAGACGCACAGACUGUGUUUCAACUGCCUCGGAAAUCAUUAUCUUACAAAAUGUCAGUCGAAGAAGAACUGCUACACAUGCAAGGCACGUCAUCACACUUCACUGCACGACGCAUACAGCACGGUCACCGCACAAACACCAGAAGCCACUUCACUCGCCGCACUGCACAAAGCCAAGGAGCAGAAGGCUGUACUCCUCGCCACUGCUCGGGUGAACGUAGCCGAUCGCCAUGGAGCACCGCACGACGUCCGAGCACUGAUCGAUCAGGGAUCAGAGGUGUCGAUCGUUUCUGAAGCACUGGUGCAACGACUGAACCUGCCUCGAUCACGCACCGACAUGGCCAUCUUUGGGAUCGGAGGCGCACGACCAGGAUCAACGCGUGGCAAGGUCACGCUGCACCUCACUUCGGACAUCACGAACGCCCGGCUCUCCGUGAUUGCGUUCAUACUGCCACGCCUGUCACUUCUUCAAGGCUCCACGUCCAGCACACCAGAAGAUUGGCCGCAUAUUCGAGGACUCCAACUGGCGGAUCCUCAAUUUCGCGAGAACGAUCCAGCCGAGCUACUCCUGGGAGCGGAGGUGUGCUCCUUAAUUCUUGAAGAGGGUCUACGCAAGGGUGGACCUCAGAUGCCAAUCGCGCAGAAGACAUCGCUAGGAUGGAUCCUCUCUGGAGGCUCCGGCGUCGCAUCCGCAGAAGAGCACCGUCGCACAUUCCAGUGCACUGCCGAUCACGAGCUAUUCGAGCUGGUGCAGCAGUUUUGGGAACAGGAACGGGAGCCCAACGCAGUCACGACACUCUCCGCCGAAGAGCAGCAAUGCGAGGACUUCUUCGUGCACACGCACACUCGCACCUCUUCAGGACGAUACGUGGUGAAGCUGCCGUUCUCCUCACCAAUCACUGCACUCCGCGAAACCCGCAAACCAGCCGAGCGGCUUCUCACAACGAUGGAGAGGCGAUGCGUCCAGGACCCUCGAUUCGGCAAUCUGUAUCGCAGCUUCAUGACAGAAUACGAAGACCUGAAACAUAUGACGCUGGUGACAUGCUCCACAACGAGCAAUCAGUCAACGUACUUACCACAUCAUGGAGUACUCAAGGAGUCCAGUGCCACGACGAAGCUGAGGGUCGUGUUCAAUGGGUCGCAGCGAACGCGAACUGGAGACUCUUUAAACGCACACCUCAUGACUGGAGCAAAUCUUCUGCCAGCUCUUCCUGACGUACUACUCCGAUGGCGUCAACACCAGUAUGUCUUCGUUGCUGAUAUAGAGAAAAUGUAUCGGCAGAUACUCGUGCAUCCGGAUGACUGCAGAUUCCAAACGAUCCUGUGGCGUCAUUCAACUGAUGAUGAAGUGCGAGAGUACCAGCUGAGAACGGUCACCUACGGUCUGGCGUGUGCUCCGUUUCUCGCCAUACGGACACUCCGUCAGCUCGCAACGGACGAAGAAGAGCAGUUUCCUCGUGGCGCCGUAGCUCUGCGUCGAGAUUGUUAUGUCGACGAUGUGGUCACCGGCUCAAAUACGCUGAACGAUGCGAUCGCACUCCAGAUGGAAAUUCGCAACCUCUGCUUGGCGGGCGGAUUUCCGUUGAAGAAGUGGGCAGCCAACGACGAGAGGAUCCUGACUGGAGUACCAAGCGAUCAUCGUUUGCAGCAAUUGCCGCCAGCUUGGGAAGGAGAGAGUCACUCCACGCUAGGACUCCGCUGGCACCCGCAACACGACCAGUUCUCUUUCGUGUUUCAUCCGCACGCUGCCAUCAACCACACGAAGAGAACGGUUUUAUCCGAAACCGCACGGCUCUUCGAUCCAAUGGGGUGGCUCGCUCCAGUCGUGAUUCGAGCAAAAAUUCUCAUUCAAUCCACGUGGCUGCAAGGAUUGGACUGGGACACCCCGCUGCCGCCAUCCGACGCUCGAGAGUGGCAACGUCUUCUAGAAGAACUCCAUCUUCUAGAUCAGGUGCGAAUAAAACGCUGGCUCGGGACCGGAGCAGAUAAGGCCUCGCUGCAGCUUCAUGGCUUCGCCGAUGCAUCCGAACGAGGAUAUGCAGCCGCAGUAUACAUCCGCAUCACUGAAAGGGACGAAACGUCAGUAAGGUUAUUGAUGGCCAAAAGCAAGGUAGCACCCGUCAAACAAGUGACCUUGCCGAGGCUGGAGUUGUGCGCCGCCACGCUACUCACCAAUUUGACGCGACAUGUCAAACAAACGCUCGACCUGGCAACAUCAGACACGUACUUAUGGUCAGAUUCAACAGUGACCCUCCAAUGGAUUCGCGGUCACUCCUCACGCUGGAAGACUUUCGUCGCCAAUCGAGUCGCUCACAUCCAGACGCAGCUGCCUAAUGCACAAUGGAGACACGUAGCUGGUCGCGACAACCCUGCGGACUGUGCAUCAAGGGGUAUUAAUCCAAGCGAACUAAUCAAUCACGCUUUAUGGUGGACAGGACCUACCUGGUUGUCACAGCACGAAUCGGCCUGGCCAAAUUCCGUGAUGGAGAUCCGAGGAGACGACGUGCCAGAAAGGAAAGCCACGAGCCUGAUGACUGUCAACCGGGUCAUCGUCGAGCCAGAAAUCCUGCUCCGCUUCUCAUCUCUGCAUCGCCUGCUACGGAUAUCCGCAUGGUGCCGUCGCUGGCUGCGCGCUUCUGAGCCGACUCACACCGCUGGACUAACGUUGAGUCCUGAGGAACUCGACAUGGCACUCUUUCGCUGGCUUCGAGAAGUGCAGACACUGCACUUCACGGACGAGAUCACCGCAGUCGCAGCUGGACGCUCCGUCGCACCACGCAGCACAUUAGUCAAGCUGACUCCGUUCCUCGACGACCAUGGUGUUCUGAGAGUGGGAGGUCGGCUUAAGCACGCCCUGCUGACACAAGAUGAGAGGCACCCGAUGAUCAUUCCAACCUCGUCGUGGCUGACUCGUCUGCUGGUGGAAUCCUGUCACCGUCGGACGCUGCAUGGCGGAGUGCAACUUACUCUGGGGCUGCUUCGACUGCGCUUCUGGAUUCCACGAGGACGCACAGUUGUGAAACAGCAACUACAUCGCUGCAUCACCUGCACAAGAUGGCGAGCAACGACGCUGCAGCCACCGAUGGGUAAUCUACCCCGCGAUCGGGUCACUCCGACUCGGCCAUUUCUGCGCACCGGAGUGGACUAUGCAGGACCCAUCCUCAUCCGAACGAGCAAGGGACGAGGACACCGCGCCUAUAAGGGCUAUAUCGCAGUAUUCAUCUGUUUUUGGUCCAGAGCCAUCCACCUCGAACUUGUCUCGGAUUACUCUUCAGAGGCCUUCAUCGCCGCUUUACGUCGCUUUGUCUCACGUCGAGGUCUCUGUACGGACAUAUAUAGCGACUGUGGAACGACCUUCAUCGGGGCUGACCGCACUUUACGGGAACUCUUCGUCGCUGCAUCCACAGAGGGUCGUGGAAUCGCACGCGUAGCUGCUGAACAUGGCAUACGGUGGCACUUUAAUCCACCAGCAGCUCCGCACUUCGGCGGAUUGUGGGAGGCAGCCGUCAAAUCCGCUAAGUAUCACUUGCGGAGGGUGAUAGGUGAAACCACUCUCACCUUUGAGGAACUGACCACUCUCCUCACACAAAUUGAGGCCUGUUUAAAUUCUCGUCCAUUACAGGCACUCUCUGACGAUCCAGACGAUAUUACAGCACUGACUCCGGGCCACUUCCUGAUCGGCGCGCCGCUUCUCGCCAUCCCGGAGCCAGUACAGGAGGACACCAGUGGAUCCGCAGCAUCACGAUGGCAUCAUCUCCAGGCGAUGCGAGAUCACUUUUGGCAAAGAUGGUCGGGAGAGUACAUCCAUGGACUCAUCUCACGACCUAAAUGGUUGAAGGUCGAUACCACACCUCACAUCGGAGCACUCUGCCUUGUGCGCUCCGAGAUUUCGCCUCCAAACCGAUGGCCUCUCGCCCGGAUCACAAAACUGCAUCCCGGCGACGACGGGAUCGUACGCGUGGUCACCGUUCGAACCGCGACCUCCGAGCUCGUGCGUCCGCUCGUAAAAAUCGUCUUACUUCCCGACUUCACAACGGACGUAACGACACGCAACGCAUAG